ACCAGUAGCGGCUUGUUUUCGGAUCUUCCAGUUGACGUUUGUAAUGUUGGACGGCUCUACCACAACUCUGCUAGUCUGCUCAAGUGACCGUUGCUGUCAAAUAAGGAUGUGUGUUGCUGUCGACCACUGACACCAACUGCUUCCCUUGUGGCCAUGUAUCGCCUGUACCAGGAGCCAGGGGAAAGGCACAGCCCACUGAGCUGUGAGGAGCAAACGGACCUUGCCUUUUACGAUGCGUUUUUAAACAAUGAUAUGUCCCAGGUUCGCUACCUAGCCCAGCACACCAAGCGGGACCUCAAUGACUGUUUCCUGGUUGUUCGCCAGAAGAAGCACGAGUUCAUCAACCCAAUGCUACUGGUCUCCAGCUGUGGACAUGCCCCCAUGCUCAAGUUCCUCAUAGAGUCUGGCUGCGAUGUCAACAAGAUGGGCAAGAGGCUCCGCAGGACACCAGUUCACAUGGCCGUCCUGAACAACAACAUGAGUUGUCUGCAACUUCUCAUCACAGCCAGGGCUAAGCUGGACUUGCGAGACGUCUUUGGGAAUUCCCCUUGUCACUAUGCAGCGGAGCUGGGCCUGCAUGGUAUGUUGGAUAUGAUGAUAAGGAUUGGAACUCAGGUCAACAGUCAGGACAUCACUGCUAAAACACCUUUAAUGAAAGCUGUCAGAAACAGUAAAACAGAAUCAACUCUUCGACUGAUUAGAGCAAACGCUGACCUCAACAUUGCGGACAGCAACAACGAGGUUGCGUUACAUUUCGCAGCUCGAAAUGGUAAUGUUGAAACUGUUGAUGCUCUCUUGGCAUCGGGCAGUUUGAUUGAUGUCCAAAAUUUGUGGGGGCGCAGUCCACUGAUGGAAGCGGUGUGCUACAACAACAGGAACGUGGUUGAACGCCUGCUUGCUGCAGGCUGUGAUAUCAACAAGCGGGACAGCAAGUCUGGUGACACUGCGUUACAUAUCGCCAUCAGAAAAAAAUACUGCAAAGUGGUGGAGCUGCUGCUCAAGUAUAUACUGUUGUCACCUGCACAUACACUCAACAUGCUUGCCAAUUAUGACUGGGACAUGCAAAAAUACUCCCAUGUAUUGAAGGAACAAGGGGGACAGGAGAGGACCCUUUUCUUAAUGGCUGCUGAGCAACACUGCUACAAAACUUGCCAGAUGCUAGCUGCCCUUGGAUCUACUGACCAAUCAGCUCGCACCAUUCUACAGGCCAGCCUUGAGAGGACAGACCUAACAGACACCAACAGACAAACACUGCUUGUGCUCUUAGAGACCAUGAAAGCUGUUAUUCCUCUAAAACACGCUUGCCGAAAUGUAAUAAGGCGGAGUAUUGGCCUUAAUCUUGCAAAAAAUAUAACAACCUUACCCAUUCCUUUGGCUUUGAAAGAUUACCUGCUAUUUAAAUGUGAACAUGCAACAUUUAUGGCCCAUGAACCUUUAUUUUGAACAGUAUCUUGACUGCUUUAACGUUGCUUUCCGUUAAAUGUUAAAAACUUUUUUUCACGCUUUUAAAGAAACAGUGCCUGUUUUUUGAGUGAAAGAGAGAAAAUGGUGGAAGCAUUAGCACUUGCUUUGUUAGAGGCUUGUUAUGUUUUAUAUUGGAAUUUUUAUUUGUGUUGCAAAUUUUUGUAGCAUUAAAAUUUAAAAAGCAAAAGAUCAAAAUUCCGUCAUGUUUUUCUGGUUAACAAGAUAUUAUAAACUUUUUUAAUAUAAUGAAUUUCCCUUUUGAACCUACCAGUUCAUGGGGAAAGUGAAGU